GUGCGAUACAUGGGAUCACAGCCCAGGAGUGGGUAAAGGGUCUUCUUUCACCGGAGAUGGAGAAAUAGCCGACCAGUUGAGUAAACAGUUUUCGUCGGAUAUCGAAGCGAAAUCCCUAAUUCCCCCGAAACACCAAUUUCCCAAUUUAUCCGAUUCGAAAACAAACACGGUCUGGUAUGCCGAGAAAAUUCUCCAUCUCUGCUUUUCUUAUUCAUUUGUUUUGGUUGUUUCGUAGAUUUCUCUCAUCUUCUUCGAUUUUGUUCCCUCCCUAAAUUAAAAAAAAACAAAAAAACAAACAGGAUAAACCCUAGUUUCUGAGCCUGUUUCGAGUUCAGAUUUUCCUUUAUUUCUGAGCUGAGCUGAUAUCAUUUGCAAAAGAACCUGAUGUCAGACGCUCGGGAUGCUGAUGACCGUGUGGAUUUCGAGGAGGGUAGCUACAGUGAGAUGGAGGAUGAAGUGGAGGAGGAACAGGUAGAAGAAUAUGAAGAGGAGGAGGAAGAAGAAGAAGACGAUGAAGAUGAUGGUGGCGGCAAUCGAAAUGCCGAAGACCAUGAUAUGGAGGGUUAUGGUGAUAGAAAACGAGGGGAUAGGGAAGAAGGUCAGGAGGAAUUAGCUGAAGAUGACGACAACCAUAUCGAUAUCGAGACAGCGGACGAUGAAGAGAAAUCAGCAUCUCCUAUUGAUGAAGAGGAAAGGGGAAAGUAUUCUCAUCUUCUUUCACUUCCUCCUCAUGGCUCUGAAGUUUUCAUUGGUGGGCUCCCAAGGGAUGUUGGGGAAGAGGACCUGAGGGAUCUAUGUGAAGUAAUAGGCGAGAUCUUUGAGGUGAGACUGAUGAAAGAUAGGGACUCUGGUGAGAGUAAAGGCUAUGCUUUUGUAGCUUUCAAAACAAAAGACGCUGCACAGAAGGCCAUCGAGGAGUUGCACAGUAAAGAGUUUAAGGGCAAAACCAUGAGAUGCUCCCUUUCUGAAACUAAGAACAGAUUAUUUAUUGGUAACAUCCCAAAGAGCUGGACUGAGGAUGAGUUUAGAAAAGUCGUAGAGGAUGUUGGUCCUGGAGUGGAGAACAUCGAGCUCAUAAAAGUGAAAGCUCUUUAUGUGAAGAAUAUUCCAGAGAAUACCUCAACAGAGCAACUGAAAGAACUCUUUCAGAGGCAUGGAGAAGUGACUAAAAUCGUCACACCUCCUGGAAAAGGUGGAAAACGUGAUUUUGGAUUUGUCCACUAUGCUGAAAGGUCUAGUGCACUGAAGGCUGUCAAAGAUUCCGAGAGAUAUGAAAUCAACGGUCAACCGCUAGAAGUUGUACUUGCUAAACCCCAGGCUGAGAGGAAACAUGACCCUUCUUAUUCUUACGGUGCUGCACCGGCUCCUGCUCCCUUUACGCACCCCACGUUUGGUGGUUUUGCUGCGGCUCCUUACGGUGCUAUGGGUUCCGGUUUGAGUAUUGCCGGUAGCUUUAAUCAGCCAAUGAUCUAUGGUAGAGGAGCAAUGCCAACAGGGAUGCAAAUGGUUCCAAUGCUUCUUCCCGAUGGCCGAGUUGGCUAUGUCCUGCAACAGCCUGGAAUGCAGAUGGCACCACCACCACGACCCAGAAGGGUUGACCGGAAUAACGGCUCGAGCGGAGGGUCAGGGCGAGAGAGCAGUCAUGAUCAUGAUGGUAGCCGUGGAGGCCGAAGGUACCGGCCCUAUUAGCCAGCCCCAGCUAUAGUAAAAGAAGCAAGUAGAACAAAAAAGCAAAAUGAGAAACUGUAUUUGGAAUUUGUUUGUAGUUUGUUUCUUUUGAUGAGAACUUUAAAAAGCUCUCUCUUUCUCAUGUGUUAUAAAUGUGAAAUCGAAACCUUGCGGUUUCUAGUUUGAUAAGCAGAUUGAUGAGGAGAUAGGGUUGACUGAUAUGAUCUUACUCUCUUAAAUUAUGAGACUUUUUUUAUCAGUUUCUCUUCUGAAUAAUUCUCUUCUCAGUACUUUAUUUAACGAAUUCGUAGAG